CCCGUCCUUACCACCAAGUUACAAAAUGGCGUGCAUGCUGACCAGAAUUACGUCCACGGCAAGUGCAGUGCGUGUUGUCUGCCCCAGUCUGGACUACAGAUGGACACAGGUCCGCUACAGGAAGACCAUCAACACACGCUCUAAGAAACACAUCUCAAUAGUCAAGGCAAAGCUGUUAGCAGUAACCAAAUGGAAGGCACCACGAGACAGCAGAACCACACUGGCUGAGAAGUGUGGGCUGAAUCUGGAAAGGAUGCAACAGACCAUUUUACAGGAAAACCCACUAAGAGACUUGAUGGCACAGGAGGCCCAGACUGUGUUGGAGACUAGCGGCAUGGUGGCAGUACUACACAGCAGUGACAUGACUGGUCCUGACCGGAGGGUUUUCUGUGCCAAACUGAAAGAAAGUGACAUCACUGUACGGUUCUGGUCCAAUACUGUUGCCGGCCUUGCUGUACAAAACACCCCGUACAGUACCUUGACUACAUUGAUGGUUGGGAAGAACCUGUACGCACACAGCCUGAAGCCCCAGGUUACACAACUACUGAAGGUCUUAAAGGUCACACCCCAAGUUAACUUAAUAGGAGGACUUGUUGAUGGCCUAUUGAUGUCCAAGUCAGACAUGGAACACUAUGCACAGCUGCCGUCCAUGGAACAGUGCCUUGGAGAAGUGGUGUCAAUCCUGUCUGCUGAGGCAGGUCAAACUAGCCAGCUGUUACUGUCUCCUCUACAACAACUGUCCAGUCAUCUCCAGCAGAUCUCCAUUACAGAAGCCAGCCAUCAUACGCAGUAGCAUCACUAGUAUCACUCAUCAUUCAUUAUAAGGCCACACUGAUUCAAUUUGAUGGAUUGACUAUGUGUAGAGGUUGUAUUGGUGAAAUGUAUAUUUCUUUCAUUAAAACCGACUUUCACCUCAAGUUACACAAGAUAUCAUAAGCUGAGCAAAUUAUGUAAAUCCAGUUGUUACAAGAAGAUAACAUUUGACUCCUUAAUAUGUUGCCGUGCAAAGCCUUUGUUAAGCAGUUGUAACAUACACUAUUUACAGUUUUAAGGGUUUUAUUUAAGAUGAAGAAUCCCAUCUAUGUCGGCCACCUGUUUGCUAUCUCUGGCCAUUUUCCAUUGGUGCUGCCUGUGCUCAGGUUAAAGUGUCGUGUAAUGAUUAGGGAGGCUUUCAGUACCGGGGACAGAUCUUUCCCCUGUAACAUCGGUCGCCUCUCUGUGCGGAGGUCCUGCCUUGUACCGAAUGGAAUAAAGCUGACUGCGGCCACACGGUGAUUUAUUCAUUCAGUCAAACAUCACGUUCACAAGUUCACUAACUUACUUGCUCACGCUAGUUAUACUAGCUCAGUUGCUGUCUGAGUCAAGGAUCUGUGGUAAUAGUCCAGGAGGAGAAGCUUGAAAAAAGUUGUGUCGUAGCACACCCCUUAUAUACAUUUGUACUUUGGCCACUACCAUAGAAUGAUACCUUAAUGUCCCCUGAUCAUUUUAAGAUACGUCGUUCUAUGGUCCAGGUGGGGCAUCAUGGUUCUAUGGCUCUUUAUGCAAAUUUAUGCAAAUUAAGCAAACCGGCCAUUAAAUGAGAAUAAAGCAGCAUAAUUUGAGUAUUACCUGUCCAAGUGACGUCAAACCUGGGGAAUAUCGCAAGUAGCUGGAAAGUGUUCAUGUUCUGAUUUUUGAAAUGGUGUGCUACGUUUUUGAUUUUCUAGGCCUCUUCUGAGAAUCUCCUCCCGGACUAUAAAGUCUGGGCGGGCUGGUUUACAAAACUCGGUUAGGUUCUGCCUUAGUUUACACAUGUACAAAAAAGUUUUCACAACAAUGAGAUUAUAGAAACACCAGCAGUGCAGGCUUUAUUUUCACCCAUUAGCAAAAACAAAAAUACAUCCUAUAUUAUGUAAGACAUUACAUUGUAUGGUACCUAACUGUAUAUAUGCGAUGGGACCUAGGAAAAUGUAGUGUUUCCAGUUUUCAGACUUUUUUCAUAGUCUUUUUUGGGUUGACAAGAGACAAAAUUUUCAUUCUAAUUUCAAAUCUUCUGAAAUCAUAUUUCACGCAUUGUCCAAUCCAUUUUACCGAAUAUAUGGGUGAAAUAUGGGUUUGUGGAAAGGAUACAGCCCUGAUUAUGGUGCAUUUCAGCUUCACAUUGUUUAACAGAGUCAGUUGAACUUCACCCAAAUUCUAAAAUAAAAAAGCAAUAGACAUCUUCCCUCCAUGAACGAGGUUGGUGUUGUGUACAAACAAACCACCCC